UCAUUCACACAGCUAUUGUUUCCGUGAUGAGAGCUCAGUGUCUUAGAAUGACAUCGUGUUUUAUUAUUGGAAAUGAUGGUAGGCUAGUCUUAGUCCCUCAGUUUCUGCAGGUUUGUAAAACAGACAUGGAUAUCUUGUGUUUUAAACGGCUAUAGAUUAGAAAUAAUAGCCUGAACAUCACUGGUUUGGAGUGAGGUUUAAAUUCAUCUAUAUGGUUUUGUAUCGCUUGUUUGUUGAUGCUCACAGUACUAUGUCAAGCGGUUUGAACAUUUAUUCAUGUAGACUAACUGAUAUCUAUUUUUAUCUUACUAAUUGUUUUUUAAUCACUAGCAAGUAAUCCAACAGUGACUAACCAAUUUCACUUGUAACUAUGCAUUUGAUCCUAAUAGAUACUAGUAGUAUCUAUCCCAGCUUUACUACUUAUUGAUUCUUGUAUUUAGGCACUAGAAUUGAUCACUAUUGUUACUAGUAAUAUUUUUUUAAUCUCACAAAUUACAAUACCUUUUUACAUGUCAUAUUUAAUGAACACUCAGAAUAGCUGCUUCAGUUAGCUAUAAUUUAUAUAUUACUAAUAUGAUUAAAAAUGUUAACAGUAACACUAGUGUCUAAAAAUAUACUGAAAAAGUUGGUGAACGUGAUUUCACCAAGUACAACAUGUUCCUGGAUCAAAAUCUUAAUUGAUUCUGGAACAACAUUCCAAUCAACCAAUCCGAUUUGAGGGACAAGUCUACAGUUUAUGUCAAGAUUAGGCUUACAACCAGGGUUAGGUGCUUCUACGUCGGUGUUAUUUACCUAUCAUUUCCCUCUGAAUUUAGAAAUAAGUUAUGGGUACACUUAGGUUUAUGGUUAUGGAUAGGGUUAAGACAAAAUUUUUGGACAGUAAUGUCGUUUCAGGGUAAACAAAAUAUGUUGAUCCAGAAACAUGUCUUACUUGACAAAAUCACAGUGACCUGAAUGAGUUGUAGAAAAACUGCAAUAGAUACAAGUAACUUUUUGAAUAGUUACAAGUAGUAGUACCUAAUGAAGAUUUACUAGUAAAACUGGAAUAGAUUCCAGCAACAAUUUGAGUACUUGUCUGAAUAAAUUAUAUAUUUGAACAAAAUCAUUACAUUUUUAAAACUGAAAAAAAGAAAAAAAAAAAAAAAAGCAAUUUGUUACCAAUAACAAUGUAAUAUUUACUUAUUGUUGAAAUAACUACUAGAACUUAAUUGAUAAUCAGUAGUGAUGAUGAAAAAGAUAGUUGUAAUAAAAGUACAAGUCAUAUGAAAAUACUAGUAUACAUGAAGAUUCUAGUUUGUUUUAAGGAAUUAAUGUAAAUAAUGUUUUAUUUAAAAGUCUAUAGUCUAUAAGAAAUGCUUAUAGAAGAGAUUUUUGAAUGUGAUACACCUCCGCAGAGUCUGCCAGGCAUGACAAGAAGAAUCACAGGAGCAUAUGUUGCAAAACGUUCAUGAUAGUUAGUUGAUUGUUAGAAAAUAUGUUCCUUGAAGUAACCUAAAAUGUGGUAACUAGUUUUAUUUAAGCCAAAAUAUUAUUAAAAAUAACUCAAUUAACCUGACGACUUAGGCUGCACUAACAAAGGUCAUUUUAAGGGUCAUAUUGAGUUAAAAAAAAACUCUUUAGAGUAUUUCAUACAGCAAAAUGUUUAAUUACAGAGAGGCAUAGUGAAAACCAAAGAGAGCACAAGUGCAUUGACAGUGAGAAGGUAAUCUGAAAGAAUAGUCCAUGAAUGGUACUAAUGGGUCUCUCUUGAUUUGUUUUAAUAACUAUAACUAAUAACGCAGUACAUUAGACGUCUUUGAGAACAAUACAGCAGCAUUAUGCUUCCGAGACGCAAAAGAAUGAGCUUAAAUUAUCUCAGGAAUGCCUAAUGCUAAAGACUUCAAGAGGGAGAAAGAGAGAGAGAAGCUAUGAAAACAGGUAGGUGGGCAGAAGCUGGAUGAGUAUGCAGUAGGAGCUGAAGGCUUUGCAGUCCGAGCUGUUAAGCACACUGCUAUCUCUGCAUCUCUUGCACACAAACACACGCUGCCUUCAGAUAAUGGGAGAAAAGGCAGCGUCGCAGCAUUAAAGAAACGAGGACUGCUUGGGAGGGGGGACACUCUCUCUGGCUUGGACCAUGAGCAAUGAGUCUGCCAUAUGGACCACAACAGAACCCCCCACCGAGGCCACGUUGUCGUCAGGGACACAGAAUGGCUAUGUCCUCCUGCUGGUCCUCUUGUCCAUCUUUGUCGGGGGGACACUGGUCCUGCUCUCUGUCCUUCUGAUUGUCUGUCGCCGAUGUUGUGAAGGGGAUAGACGCCAUGCGUGGUUCAUUGUUUGCCUCAGGGCUAGCGAUGACACUGAGAAAAGUAAUACCACCUAUAUUGAGGAGGCCCAGCCAGUGCAUGAGAUUACGAUUCGCGUUGAUGAGUCAGACUGCCUGUCGGCAGCCAGCUCCCACGACAUGGAGACAGAGCGUUUCCUCUCCACGGGCACAACCGGCCGCCGGGUCUCCUUCAACGAAGCAGCACUCUUCGAUCAUAGCAAAAAAACACAGGAGAAAGGUCGAAGGUACACGCUUACGGAGGGUGACUUCCAUCACUUGAAGAACGCGCGGCUCACCCACCUCCACCUCCCUCCACCCGCCCUCCAGAUACUCACCAUCCACGAGUGUGAGUCAUCAGAGAACAGUAUUGCCAUGACAACACGCCCCGUCGCUAAAUCCAGCCUCUCAAUUUUUCAGCCACCAGUAUGUUCACUGCCCCAGACUGCCCUGACCAGCCGAAGUCUCAGUCCCAGCUCUGCCCUUCCUGGUGACACUCUCAAUUCCACUGUAGACACAAUGUUCUGUGAGAGCAUUGCAGUGGCCGGUCCUGAACCCUCCAGUCCAUGUCUAAUGGAGGUCAGAGGAGGAGUCAGCAGGAGGGCAGACAUUAUGGGUAAUGGUAGAGAGGGUGCAUCGGCAUCAGCCACAGGCCUCUCCUCCUCUGGAGGGGCCCCACAGGGCCCCAUGCUGCAGUUCUUCACCAAGCUCCGCCGACAUGCCAGCCUUGAGGGAGCAAGUCCCUACUUCAAGAUCAAGAAGUGGAAGUUUGACAGCAGCCAAAGAGCUUCAAGUCUAGACAUGAGAGGCUCCCCAAAACGGAGGCAGUUCCAGCGGCAGCGUGCAGCCAGCGAGAGCAUGGACCAAGAGGAGCAUGACGCCCAUCACAUUGACCUCAUACAGUACAUCGCUCGCACCAAGGAUGUUACCUACUGCCCCACCCGGCCCAGUCCACGCCUUCUGUCCCCCCCUUCCACACCCCCACCCUCCCUCGGCAGGUUAGAGGUGGAGGUGAUGGUGGAGCCCAGCUGCAGCAGAGCGAUGGGUCCCGGGGUGAUCGGCCUCACUUCCGAGCCCCCAGACGAGAGUGUUGGUAUAGGCUGUCAUCAGGAGAGCUUAGAACCUCAGACCUUGUACCGUGAUAUCUGGACUCUUCGUGCGUCUCUCGAGCGGUAUGUCUCAUCCGACCAGAGCAGCAACAAUGACAAAGACUCCGUCCGUAGUGACGCUGACAGCGUGUGCUCUCUAGGGGGUAAGACCGAGAUGGGAGGGCUGCCUAGGUACCUCUCACAGGAUACUGGGGAUGAGAUAGAGGGGGAUGUGGACUUGCCUCUAGAUGAGGGACUGGAGAAAGGUCGUAAACAGGAUAGUGUUGAUUCUGAAAGAGGAAGUGACGGGGAGCCAGGAAACCGUAAGCUCCUCCAGAUGGACAGUGGUUAUGCCUCGAUAGAAGCACCUUCGCGUGCUCCGGAGGAGCUACGACUGUUCGGAAGCAGUAGUAGCAGUAAGGACGGCUCCGCUGUGGAGCGCAGGCACUUCUUCAGUUCCGGCCGCAAAGGGACCGUGUGCGAGAGCUUCGACACGGACAUCUUUGACGAAGAACUCGAAGAGGAACCUGCAGGUGCCAGCGGCGGUGUGGACGGAGUGGAAACGGACAAGAGCACCAUGCUGUGGUCCCCUUAUGGCCAGAUGUUCACUCAGCGCAAUGAUCAACCUCAUCCCCCCAUCCUUUCCCGUCGCGACUACAGCAUUGAUGAGAAAACCGACGCACUUUUCCACGAGUUUUUGCGACACGACCCGCAGUUCGAUCAGCAGGAGUCCCCGCUGCGCUCCAAGCAUCGUUCCCGCGUGCACCUGCGCAAGCAGUGGCAGCGUUCCAAACAAUACAGCGACCCCGGCCAGCGCUUCCAAUCCUCUUUUGACCGGUACCGCACUCCGCUCCGACGUGGCGAAACUGUCAACUAUCCUUUAGAGACUAGCUACCACAGCACGCUCCCACGAAUCAUUAGUGCACCUGAUGAAGAGAGCAGCGAAGGUGCAACAAGUACUCCCGAGACACCCAAGGCAGAUCAGGAUACCGCUACUGAUGUGGAUCCAGACAACAUAAGAAUAUCUUCCAGCACUGAAAGCAGUGGAACCAUCAACGAAAAGGAAGUCUUUGAGGCAUCUCAGCUCCUUCCAACAACUGACAUUACUGGAGAGCAGUCGGUGGGCCGGGAAAACUCUAGGCAAGCAUUGCCACCCCCUGAGCCUCCUGAUGAAUAUACACCUGAAUGUACAAGCUAUGGCCCACAGACAAUCACAGAAGAGCUGAGCGACAAGCUAGCGGCUACCCUCGAAGAGCGUCUGUACUCGGAUCUCCGCAGGACCAGGGAACCGCCCGAGUGUAGUGCAGUGACUUUGACCUACACAUCGCCCGAUCACAGUCCAGUGUAGCAUGUGGCUCCCUUCAUCUCCUCGUACAAGAACACUUUGCAGCAACUACAGGUCCAAAGUUUUGAUCGACAUUGGCUCCGAUCUGGAAAAGGUUUGCUUUGGUCAUUUAAAUGAUGAAAUCAUUGUCAUUAUGUCCUAGACAAGUGGUGUAGAGACAUUUCUUCCAUGCCCAUUCUUAAAUAAAAGGCAGUUAAGGCGCAUACCUCAUGUUGCUCAACGGACCAAUUCUUAAACAAAUUAAAUGUCACAGUCUGUUAUUAAAGCUCUUAAUUUAGCUACUUGUUGACUUCAAAAGCCAAUAUUUUCUCUGCACUAGGUAAUCCACUGUGAAUUUGGGUGCUAUUAGAUUAAAGAUUGAUUAUAUUUGUAAGUGCAUGAAUUAUAUUGCAUUGCUGCCUAUCUGGAUGUCUGUUCAUGACCCAAAUUAAUAAUAAUAUUAUUAUUAUUAUUAAUUUUGAAAGUACUAGAUAGCCCUCCAUUUGGUUACUAUGUUUUACUUUUCAUUUCUUUUCAUCAAAUACUAAAUACUAUUUAUUAUUAGCAUCUGGGUUUUUGUUGUGUAGCUAAACCUGCUGUCAGAUUUAAUAAAAUUUCAGAAAAAAAAUCAUAUAAAUUAUAAAUAAUAAUUAGCAUAAACUGUAGAAAUUUCCUGGUAUAGGUCUAAUUAUGCCACAUAACCUGUAUUUCAAAAACAACAGCAUUAUCAAUAGUAAAUGUCUUGUUUUAUUUGAAACACCAUGACAUUGGUCCAAUUCCUAAGUAAACUCUUUCCCAGUGUUUGAAAUUUGGGUUAAACAAGAUGGGAUUAGUUGCACUAAAACACUAGGAGUGUUAGCUUGUUCCCCACCAACACAUUCGCAAUCCAUUAUUAAGCAUCCUUUUCAUUUAAUAUUGUUAUUUUAUCGUUGAAGUACUGAAUGGCUAAAACUGCCUCUUUGUGAGAUACUGUAAUUUUAUGACCAAUGACCAUUGAAUUAUUAUUAUUAUUAUUGUGCUUUUCAUCUUUUCAUUUUAUCAUUUGUUCUGUAUCAUUGACCAUAUCUGUGAGAAUGAAAAGUAGAGUGAACAAUUUUCAAGUAUAUAGUGCCAAAUUGUUGUCAGGUAAUACCAAGAUCAAACAUGAAAACACUGUAAGCAACAGUUGGGAAAGAAAAAACAGUCCUGCAAAAUAAGGAUCACAGAUAUGCCUCUCUAAGGGUUUGAAUCAAGCCUGAGACAUUUUAAUGAAUCUCAUUGAGAGAAGGGCAUGCCUUUUCUUGCAUGUAUGUUCAUUAGCAUUACUUCUACACGAAGGUGACCUAGAACCUAGACCGUGAACGGCUGCACAUGCUGCCUUUGGACAAAAUCGUCAUUUAGAGUCAGUUAGAGCAAAUCCCACUGCCCAGCAUAAGCCAUUGUUAUAUCUGGGUGCAAAUGCCACUGUUCACAUUAAUCCGAACUAUCCACUAUGCUAGUAUUCCCGUCUGUCAGCAGCAUCCCGUCUGUCUUGGGUUGAGCUCACAGUAUGGGUUGCGUUGUAUUGAUCAUUCUGGGUUUGAUCUUGCAAACAAAAGGUUGUCCUCAGUGGAUUCUCAGUUGGGAGGUGUUAGAAAGUCUAUCAUUGUGAAAUGUGAGAGAAAAAGCCAUUGGUGACAUAUAGAGGCUCUUGAUGUAAUGAAGCAAAGCUUGUGUAGCAUCUGGUUUGUCUAUGAAGGCUCACAAGGUUGUGUGCACUUUUAGGGUGAUUGUUUGAGUUGUUGAGUAGUACACUAAAGUCUACAUGUGCUAUUUAGGCUGCAUCUGAAGUGCCCUGUCCAGAAAUAAAAAGCUUUCAUUAUCUAUGUGAACAAUGGCUGAUGUGCAUGGAGUAAUUAACAAUGCCAGAGAAAAGAGAGCUUCAGAAUAGCUGAUAUUGUUGAUUGACUGUUUCGGGCUAAAUGAAACGUACAGACCAUCUCACAUGAUGAAUACGGUGCCUUCCUGUGUGUUUAACAUUUAAAGGGAUAGUCCACUUGAAAAAUCUUAAAAAGUCCAUACAAUGAAAGACAAUGUGGUCCAAUCAGUGUUAUUUUAGUAUAAUUAAGAUACUAUUAUAGCUUUUGAAUUGAAUUUUUAUAUUUUCUGUUGUCGUUUUAAUUUUAAUUUAAGUUUCAGUAAUUUUGUUUUGUUUUGUUUGUCAUUUUUAUUAGAUUUUAAGAUGUCCCUAUGGUUUUUAUUAAUUAAUUUAAUCAAGUUCACAGUGCAUUAACUAAUGUUAACAGAUACAAAUUUUGAUCUUAAAAAUGUAUUAUUAGUAAAUGUUGAGAUUAACAUUAACUAAGAUUAAUAAAUGCUGUAGAAGAAUUGUUGAUUGUCAUGUUAACUAAUGUAGUUAACUAACAAAUGUAGCCUUAUUGUAAAGUGUUACCUUACAUCAAUUAUUUAUUUAUUUUUUUAAGCAAUGUUGAUGUUUUUUAUGGUUUGAAUUUUAGUUUGUUAAAUAUAAUAACCCUGUUUUAGACCCCAUUGUCUUAAACUAUAUGCACAAAAACAGUUGAAACAUUGUUCAAAAUAUCUUCUUUUGUGUUCAUCACAAGAAUGACAUGAAUGUGAAUAAAUUAUGCCAGAAUUUCUAUUUUUGGGUGAACUAUCCCUUUAAGAGAGUGAGUGUUAGGGUGAGAUCCCAGUAGAGCACUUAUUUCUUAAAACUCAUUUUGAGCAUACAUAAUUGAAUAGGCCAAAUUACCUUACAGAGGUUGCAUUGUGGAAAUGUAAAUCCAAAAUGUGGUACAUUUACAUGGCAUUGUCAAAUACACAUACACAAGGGUUAGCGGUUACAAAUCCAGACCUUAGUUUUGACUAACUGUAAUCCGUAACAUGUCAGGGACAGCUAAAUCUGUACAAAGGAUAAAGUAGAGUUGUAUAUAAGCACAAUGAUGUCCCAUUUCAGGCACUAGAAUAGUCUAUGUCUUGGAUUUGACAUAAACCUAGUUGGGACCUUUGGGUGAAAUGUGCACAAUCAAAUAGCCUGUCGGUUGAUGGAUUACUGUGUAUAGAUUUGCAUGUAAUGACGAAUUAUUGUUUAGCAGAUCCAAAAGGAAGCACCAAAUCAUAGAUAUUUUUUUGUGUGAAUCUGAGAAUGAAAAGAAAUAGACUUGGUACUAAAAUAUUGUAAAGUAUUUUAAUGGAGUCUGUUAUUUUAGAAGUUAUGCUUUGCUGACUUGAUGAGAUUUUUUGCCAUAUUUCCAUGGACAAAAAGAAUUAUUUCUAUUGCUGGGUAUAUUUCGAUGAAAGAGGAAAUAUAUUUAUGUGCAAAUUUCCAUGUAGAAAAAAAAAAAUCUGUAAAGAUCUGCUUGACUAAUUACUCAGUCAAAAAAGAGAGAGCAAGGCUUUGUUUUGUUUACCUGGAUCUCUUUGUUCUAGAUCUACUGAGCCUUGAGGGACCAACUUAUCUAAACGUUUAUUUUCAUGUUAUGUUUUUCCAAAUAGUCAAUAAAGAAUGAUGCAUUAUGA